UAUUUUCUAAUUAAAAUGGAAAAUAACAAUUCAAAAAAUAAUUCUCAAAUAAAAUUAGCAGUUUACAAUUUUGAGGAGCGCCUAAGAAUUUUCCACAUUGGAGUACUUGUUCGGGGAAAAGAAUUUCAUUUUGGUGUAAAAAGAGGUGUUCAUGUAUGUCCACAACGAAAUAAUGGAAAGAAAUUUUUUGUAUUAAUUAAUCGUUUAUUUCCAAGGAAAAUGGAGUUUCUAAGAUAUGUUGAUAUCCUUAUUGAUGGUGUUCCAUUAUCUACUUCACUUUCUAUGGAUCAAAUUUUAAAUAUAAAAACAAAUUUAGAAAAAUAUCGUUUUGGCCCAAAUACAUACAAUUUAUUUAAAAAUAAUUGUAUAGACUUUGCCUAUACUUUUCUUUGCUGUAUCGCAUCAAAUGGAGAAUUAUUAAAUAAAAAUAAUUUACCAAAUGAAAUUAGACAACCAUGGAUUACUGAACCUUUUAGAAAAUUAAAUAAAAAUGUUAUAAAAUAUUUAAAAAAAAAGAAGAAUGUUUAUCGUUUGAAUACUCAAGAAAAUAUGAUUUUAAAUUCAAUUUGA